UUGCAGAGCUCUCACUGCAGCAGAUUUCCACUUUAGCUCAAUCGUCACUCUCCCACCAUUUCCGAUUUAGAAUAAACACACUCACACCCACACAUUGUGGCGGCGGCCGUCGGAAUAUUUUCCGGCGAUAGCCAAUCGUAACAAUGAUAUCCAUCCACACAAUCACCAAGCCCUCGACCCUCCAAUUCCGCCCCAAAAGGCCCUCCAGAAAACCGCCCAAAACCCUAGCUCCGAUCCACGCCCUCCUCCAGUACAACCGGAAGCCUCAGCUCGCCGGCGACACCCCGCGAGUGGUGGUCAUCACCUCCGGGAAGGGCGGUGUCGGCAAGACGACCACCACCGCCAACAUCGGCCUCUCCCUCGCCCGCCUCGGCUUCUCCGCCGUCGCCAUCGACGCCGACGUCGGCCUCCGAAACCUCGACCUCCUCCUCGGUCUCGAGAAUCGCGUCAACUACACCGUGGUGGAGGUCCUCAACGGCGACUGCCGCCUCGAUCAAGCCCUAGUCCGUGACAAGCGGUGGUCCAAUUUCGAGCUCCUCUGCAUCUCCAAGCCCCGCUCCAAACUCCCCCUAGGGUUUGGCGGAAAAGCCCUAAUUUGGCUUGUAGACGCCCUCAAAAACCGGGAAGAAGGCCCGCCCGAUUUCAUCCUCAUCGAUUGCCCCGCGGGGAUCGACGCAGGGUUCAUCACCGCCAUCACGCCGGCCAAUGAGGCAGUGCUGGUGACGACGCCGGACAUCACGAGCCUCCGCGACGCGGAUAGGGUGACGGGGCUGCUGGAAUGCGAUGGGAUUAGGGAUAUAAAGAUGAUUGUGAACAGGGUGAGGACGGAUAUGAUCAAAGGGGAGGAUAUGAUGUCGGUUUUAGACGUGCAGGAAAUGCUCGGGUUGCCGUUGCUGGGGGUGAUCCCGGAGGAUACAGAGGUGAUCAGGAGCACGAACCGAGGAUAUCCGUUGGUUUUGAACAAGCCACCUGCGUUGGCUGGGUUGGCCUUCGAGCAGGCGGCCUGGAGGCUGGUGGAGCAAGACAGUAUGAAGGCUGUGAUGGUGGAGGAGGAGCCCAAGAAGAGAGGUUUCUUCUCUUUCUUCGGAGGCUAAACCGAAUUCAGUGAUUGCAGAAUGUGUACAGUGUAGGUUUGCCUCGUUUUCGUUGUUUGUGAGUUUUGGUUAGGAUUUAGAGUGAUCAAUGGGGUGUAUCUUGAUCAAAAGGUGAGAGAGAUCGCUUUGGAUUUUGAUUUCUUUAUACAUGUGCUUCAUUCUUUCGCUCUCACAUUUAUUUCAAGACAUCAUUUUUGUUGA